AGAAAAACAAGCCACGGCUGUGUGUCGAGCAACUAGGAUAUAGGUAUAUCUGUCGGGCGAGCCGGGCAAAUCGGCUUAGUCGAAAAGGCCGUUCGACCGAGUUCGAUGCAAAGCCACGCAAGCACGCAGAAAAGAAAAAACCGCAUCGGGCGCGUAAGAGCGAGCGAAUCGGGCCGGCUGGCAUCCUCUGCUGCGACGGAACACACAGUCGCCUACGCGUUUUCAUGUUUAUCGUUAGCUAGUCCAGCUGCAGGUACGCGAGUUGACUUUUCUACUGAUCAGCGUCUGCACAACGAGUCGACCGGCGCACGAAGACUGGCACAAGAGAGAAAGGCAAAGAAAACCCUGCAGAUUGGGAACGAUUUGUUUACGAAUGGGCGAUUUUGCUCCCAUCAACGUUCGCGUGUGCUGCGCGCUCGCAAACGCAAGCCUACAUAUACCAUCACAAGCUCAUCGGUGAUAAACUGAUGGCUUGGCUAUAUUUAUGUACGAGUUACAAAUUGUUCGUGCGCGUAUAUAGUUUUUAGUGUUUAUAAUGGUGCAGAUAAUACAGAAUAUAUAAGAGUAGAGAAAUAAUAGGUUACAUCUGCACUUGGCAGUUGGUUCCUGCGGCAAUCAACACCUUUAUCGCCGCUGUUGCUCGAUGCUCGGACGAAACUUGCGAAACUAUACAAAAGUUAUGCGAGCCCCUAGUGAAAAUCUCGUUGUGUACACAUCAGUAGUAUCGGCUCUAACGGUACUGGCAACCAAUCGCAUCGGUGAACUUUUCAUUAUACGUUUGCACCCCGAUCACGGGGAUACUGCGAGUCAAUCGAACGAGCAUAAACAAGUGUAUAGAUGUUGGUGCGUGACUGAGUGAUAAAGAGUCGAGAGAGAGAGAGAGAGACAUAAUCGCUUCGAUACACACAUAGUUACGAAUUUUAGGCCUUUUUGACGCUUUUUGAGAACUGGGCGAGUCACAUGCUGGCCAUUAUUGACGCUGCGAAACGUAAAUCAUCAUCGCCGCGGCAUGUCCGACGUCACGACGGCAUCGUCGAGCACCACAUCGCAGCAAGACUGGUUCGAAGAACUGCAGAGGAAGAUAUUCGAGGAAUGCAUCGACCAGUCGAACGAAGCCUCCCCAACCGACUCGGAUGAUCCUGCCGAAUCGUGUCGCGGCCAGCGAAUCCGACAGGAUACAGCGCUCUCCAGCGUGGGACGAACCGCCGAUGUCGCUGCUGUGCCCCUCUCGGUCAUAGUUCGCAAUAUUCAUCAGAAUUUUGCCAAAGUACCGCAUUUUCGUUUCAUCUUUCUGUCGAAAAGCCAAAGGAACGACUUUCUGGAGGAGCUCCGCUGCUCGCUGGAGAGGGUCGCGCGCUCGCAGCAGGUCAGCUGGCCCGACUUUCGCGACACGUCGUCCGGCUGGUUCCGCAAACUGCUCAAUCUCGUGCAAGAGGAUGGCAACAACAACUCGCAGAGUGACUCAAUGGCUGAAGAUUUAGGCAAAAAUGAUCACGGCUUUGAAGAUCAAAGCAACGAUGAUGGACGCUUCGACGAUGACGAUUUUCAAUUGAGCUCAAUGAGAAAAAUUAAUACCAUGGCUUCUUGUCACAGCUUAAACAGCAGCAGUGCAGGAUUUGGAACUGAUAGCAUGUUGGAAUCAUCUGAAGAAAAUAAUCCUUUACAUGAUGAUAUUUCUGGUAUCGAUUUAGAAAUUAGAAUCCGACGUUACAAUGAAGAAACUGCAAGCUUGAAAGAAGAUCUCCUCCGUGCCGAAGAAACCAUUACAACACUUGAACGUGAAUUAAAAUUGACACAAAAAGCUUUAGACCAGAUGAAUAACAAAUAUUUGAAAUUGCAAAAAGAAAAUGAAGAUCAUAAGGAAAUGUUAUCAGUUGUUGAACGUCGAGAAGAGUCUAGUAAGUUGGAUGCACGAAAGUUUGAAAAAGCUUACAACGCCUUACAAAAAAAAGUGAAAGAAUUAGAACGAGAUAAAGAAUGCAUUUACAAUUUAAAGGUGAAAAUUGAUAGCAUACAAAAAGAAAAUUCUAAUUACAUCAAGCAAAUAUCGGAAUACAAAAAAAAGUAUGAAGAAAAACUCAUCGAGUGUGAAUACCUUCAAGAAGAAUACCAUGAGUUGCAAAAUAAUAAGGCUCAACUUGAAAAAUCAUACGAAGUUAAUUACAAUCAUCAACAAGAAAAAAUAAAUGAGCUUCAAUUAUUAAAUGCAGAGCUACAAACCAAAAUGAUGAAUAGGCAUUGUGAUUCAUCUAGUAAUAUUUCCAUGUCACCACCAUUGUACAAUGAAGCAAAUUUGCAAAAUCAUAGCACGCCGUGCAAUAAGCAUCAUAAAAGUCAUCAGGAUUCCCUUUUCAUGGAAUUAAAAGCAUCUGGGUUCAGUUAUGAUGAUUCAAAAAUUCAGGAAUUGAGAGAAGAGCUUUCAUUCUACAACAAUGAAAUUGCUGAUAUUGUUGAGAAAGUAGAUGAAGCUCUUCAAACCAGAACUAAUUUGAAUACAUCAUCUACACAAGCUGUUUCCAUUCAAACGCUAAAGCAUAAAAUUACAAGUCUAUUGAACUUGGUAAAAACUUCGACAACCAUCAAAUCGCCAUCAGCCUUGAGAAGUGGCGAAAGUAAACUAGAGAAACCGGAUGUGCUACCGGAGACAAAAAAAACGCCUGUCAAUCGAUCGGACAAAAACGACGAUGUAGUGCUGGAAAAUAGAAGCUUCUACAAAAACAGUACAGUGGGCUCCGCGGCAGCCUUUACGUCAACGGUCCCGAGUAUUUUCGAGAACGGUGUGUUGAUGAUAGACAAGGCGACAUCGCCGUUGCUUUUCUCGUCCAAAGCAGCUCCUGCCACAGACUUGGAAUCGAGCCACGAGCAAGAGAUAGUCGUCCCGAUAGUCGAGGCUCUCAAUCGAAUAAUCGAAAUAAAAGGUACCGAAGACGUCAUAAGCGAUCAAGACUCCUUGCGCCUCUCCAAACGCUCGCCAAAACCCAAGUCUAUUUUCACCGCAAAGACAAAUACAGACUGGUCGCUCUACCUAUUGAGAAACGAGGCUUCACCAAAGUCCAGCUGCAUCACGCCGGAGUAUUUGAAUUUUCGAGCUCUCAACCAGGCCAGAGGUGAUGCCGCUUAUUGCGACCCGUUCGACAAAAGUCCUAAAAAGAAAUUAACAUCAACUGCCAUGAAAACGCUUAAAUCGGAAUCGCGAGCCUGCAAGGACGAUGCUGGUCCAGACGAUGAUCCAGUGAAUGUCGAUUUGCGCUUCGUCACCGUUCGACCAAGGCAAUCUACGUACCAAACCGACUCGCUUAUGACUGCUGCCGAUCCCAAUUGUUCGUUUGAAACCAUUAGCCAUGAUGAAAUCAAACCCGAUCCGUCUUUCUGUACGACUCCUAUUAUGUCCAAGAUAGCGCCUCGGCGCAAACUCUCCGUUUACGAUCGCUCCUUCGAGGUGAAUAGCUCCAACAGUACGCUUCAAGUUCAGGAGAGUAACUUGAAGGCAACACCUUUAACGCGAGAGCAACUACUCCACGAGUAUCGUUGUUCCAACAGCAGUGACUCGUCACUGAGUCCAUCGCCCCUCCCGAUCAAGGACAAAGUCAUCAAAACGAACGCUGCUCUUGACGAGUCACUGAAAACCACAACCAAACCGAUCAAAUCUGUAAUUCUUGCACCCCCGAAAUUCUACCUGCCUGAUUCGAGCCAAAUUCGGCAACCAGACAAAACAAGUGUUUCGAAAAAAUUAGCAUUUGACAAGAUUCCCGAGAAAUCUGAAGAACCGCAUGUGAAUUUUUUCACUUCUCCGAACGAUGCUGUGGUCUUGAAAAAUGACGAAUUAAAUACCGAUGAUUUGCAGCAAUCGAGAAUCCUCAGUUCUUCCAAUAAUGAUGCGGUUUAUGCGGAGGAAAAAUGUCAAAACAAGGAUAAACAAAGAGUGGCUGUAGAAAUGGCAGAUAUCAGCUGCAGCAGUAAAGAUGGAUCUUUCAAGCCUGCGACCAUUUCACAAAUAGAUAUCUCGGCCAAUUCGCAUGAAUUUUCUGGCAACUUCUUUUUACCAUCGAGCACCGAGGUCUACAAUCAGCCGUGUUCAAAAAUUGGUGCCUCGCCUCCUACUAUCGGUACGACGUCGUCGCCGUCAAGUGACCGAUCGGUCCCGAGCAACGCAAUGGAAAGUAAUGGAGUUCACAACAGUAGCAGUUCCAGCGACAACAGUGGCAAAAUCGUCGACCAAGUUGGAGGCGAUGAAUGCGAGGUUAGCGUAGACGUCGACCCAGAACGAACUUGUGGCGCGGGAAUCGCUCUUGACUGCUGCAGUAGCACGUUGUCGGCUUUUGAUGAGCAAAAGCUGCCACCGCCGUCAGUCGGUCGCGCGAUGUCCAGCGGCGAGGAUAGUUCGGCUGAGAGCGAGGAGUGUCAUGCGGCGGAUGCGCCGCUGGAUCAUCAAAGCCCGGUCCAAGUUCCGAGCUUGCUUGAGAAAAGUGUUAACGAGACUCGACCAAUGGAAGAAACGAUGCCUGUCGAUACAUUACAAGCUAUUAUUGUAAAUAACGAGGAAAGUUCCACGUCUGAAUUAGGAGACGUUACCAAAAACGAUGACGACAGUCCAAAAGCUUUUCCAAGUUGGACAGACCAAAGGCUCCGAGAUUCUGGAAUAGCUAGUUUUCCAGAUAUGGAUUCAGAAACUAGUGAAAAUUUAUCGGAAGAAGACAUGAAGAAGAAGUACACCAUUUUUUCUGUCGGCUUGGGUACUGACAGAAUGACUCUUUCGAAACGGAUAAUUUUAUCCCGGCGUCAUCGUGAUCAAGCUGAAAAGAAUUUUACGAACGAAGUUCUCAAGAUGCAGCAAGAUAUCAAGGAAUUGGCGCCACUUUGCGUGGACAGCGAAUCGCUUGAACGCGUUGAACGCGUGAAGCAGCAAUUGGAAAUGAUAGCCCACUGUACGCACCAAGUGUCGUGCAAUGCCGAGACCCUUGGGGCGGUGUACCAAGAACGGCGCGUCUCGCGCGCAGUUCUCCUGGCCGACAAAUACCUGCAAACGCUCAAAUGCAAAUGCGAAAAGCUCGCUGGCGAGCUCGCAGAGACCAAGAAAAUCCUCGCCGAAAACAACAUCGUGCUCGAGGAGAAUUUUGGCGAAAUGAGCGAUGACAUGCCCCGAGUGCGAUAUCGUACUUUAUCCAACAAUAACCGUACGAUGAUGGCUAGAAGACGAGCUAGCAUUGCUACGAUAUCUCGACCAAUACUGGGCAGCAGCCAGGAUAUUUCAAAGGCAACGAGACUACUACCUUCUUAUCUUAGUUCGCUUGACUUACCAAGACAGAGAAAUUCCAUGAUCGGAAGGGCUCCAGGUCUGCGAAGACCUUCCUUGUGCUCUGAAAAUCUAAAGUGGGAAAAUGAAAAAUUGGAUCGAACAGACAGUGCUAGUAGUAUAAAUGAAUUGCGAGAAAUAUAUGAACAAGCGGAAUCUAGGAGACAGUCAAGAGAAGAAAACAACAAUUCCAUUCGAACAUCUAUUUUGAAUCUACCUACUGUUUCUAAUGAGCAAGCAGAUGAAGACGAAAUUUUGUCCAACAUACGUAACGACUUGGAUCUCAAUAAAGCUGAUAAAGUUGAAGAUUUAAAUCAACUUGAAACUACACAGCCUUAUCGGUACCGAGGUUUAUCUCGCUUACUCAGUUAUUACUCAAAUUGGAAACCAAUGAUAUGGGGUAUUUUGAUAGCGUUCCUAGUAGGGUUUUUUUUUAAUCGGGUUGUUUCUUCUACUAAGACAUCUGGUCCCCCUAUAUGGUGGUGGUCGAUUGAAGAAAUUCUCAAUCAAUAUGGCCAAGUACACCCUAUUUAAAAAGAAGUUGUUAAUAGAAUAAAUAAGAGAAUUAUAUUAUUAACGAGUUUUGUUAUAACAAGCGUUUGUUCAAAAGUAUUUUCCGUCAAAUGCUUCUAAUUUUAUAGGAUUAACAUUUUUGUAGUUGUUGUAUAGUAUUAUUUUUCUUUGUACCUGUAUUAAUGAAUUUUGUAUGUUAUUAUUUUAUUAUAUGAACAAUGUAAAAAUGUAUAAUUGUAAAAUUUAAGCUUGCGAAUGAUUUAAUCAAGUAUGAUCUCAAAAGACAUAGUUAUAGUACAUAGAUUAUAUUGAACCAUAUAAUGAGGUUUAUUACAGAUAUCCACAAGUGAUAGUGUUAACAGUGUGUUCAUGAUUAGACACAAGUAGAGCAUGUACUUUAAGAGAAGAAUGUCUAAUGAAAAAAUUUCUUGCUGUCUUCCAUAUUAAACUUGCAAGAGCGAUCGAAGGUCAAUCCUGCAUCAAAUAUUGUGUGCAUGUGUGUUCAAGAAGAUUUCAAAGCUAGUUGAUUAACUAGCUUUAAAUAUAUAUUUAUACAGUACCAAGCUGUUUAGCAAAUUUCUAUUAAGUUUUUUGUAGUUAGGUCGAAUUUCUUUUAUAAAUAUAAAAAAUAAAACUGUUAUUUAUAGUUAACAAGUAGAUAGUUUUUUUUGGAUAACUGUCUUAUUUAUCAAACUUUGUGAAAUUUUAAAAAUUAACUUAUUUCAUAAUGGUAUUGAGUUUUUAAUUUUUCAACUUCCUUUUUUUCGAAAUUAUUUUUGUAUUGUACACUGCUACUGAACAAUAAAUACUUAUGUAUUUGUACGAGCGUC